CAUAGGAAAAAAAAAAUCUCCUCCCCAGACCUGGAGCUCCCUUUGUACUUCCUCAAAAUUCAACCGAUAUAAACUCACUCACUGACCUACUUCAGGACAGAGGCAGAGGACAUCAGACUCAGAGGACUUCACCAAACUCUUUGCCUUUGGACUUAAGGAUGCUGUCGUGUGUGUGCGUGUUGCUGCUAGCAGCCUCAGCUCUGGGCCACCUGGAGGAAGCCUCUCUGGACGCCCAGUGGGAGCAAUGGAAGAUCACACACAAGAAAGAAUACAAUGGCCUGGAUGAGGAGGGGAUCCGCAAGGCCAUCUGGGAGAAGAACAUGCGUAUGAUCGACGCCCACAACCAGGAGGCAGCGCUGGGCAUUCACUCCUACGAGAUGGGGAUGAACCACUUGGGAGACAUGACGUCAGAGGAAGUGGCCGAGAAAAUGACCGGCCUGCUGAUCCCUACGAACCAGGAGCGCAGCUUCACCAUGGCUCUGGACGACAAAGUGGAAAAACUUCCCAAAUUUGUUGACUACCGCAAGAAGGGCAUGGUGACUCCAGUGAAGAACCAGGGUUCCUGUGGCUCAUGUUGGGCCUUCAGCUCAGCCGGAGCCCUCGAGGGCCAGUUGGCCAAGAAGACGGGUCAGCUGCUGGACCUCAGUCCUCAGAACCUGGUGGACUGCGUCUCAGAGAACGACGGCUGCGGAGGAGGAUACAUGACCAUCGCCUUCAAGUAUGUCCAGGAAAAUGGAGGCAUUGAUUCUGAGGAGGCGUACCCGUACGUCGGAGAGGACCAGCCGUGCCGCUACAAUUCAUCAGCCAUGGCGGCUCAGUGCAAAGGCUACAAGGAAAUCCCUGAGGGUGACGAGCACGCACUGGCUGUCGCACUGUUUAAAGUGGGUCCAGUAUCUGUGGGCAUCGACGCCACACAACCCAGCUUCCAGUUCUACCAAAGAGGUGUUUACUACGAUGCCAACUGUAACAAAGACGACAUCAAUCACGCUGUGCUGGCAGUAGGCUACGGAGUGAACACCAAGGGGAAGAAGUACUGGAUCGUCAAGAACAGCUGGGGCGAGGGCUGGGGCAAGAUGGGCUACAUCCUGAUGGCACGCAACCGUGGCAACCUCUGCGGCAUCGCCAACCUCGCCAGCUACCCCAUCAUGUGAGGAAGUUGAGCGUGGAGCUCAGGAAGGAGGAAGACGAGAGUGGACCAAGGGGCUUUGCUUAGGCUACUGUACAUGAAGAGAGUUCCUUCCAAAUCUCAGUAACCACUAAGAAAAUAAACGAAAGGUUCUACUUUGUUUACUAAGAUUUUUCAAUUAGCAAACAUACUUUUUAAAUUGGACUUACUAUCUUUUGGAAUGAAUCUCUUCUGGUAUCAAAAAGGGUUAAAUGUUAUGGACUCUUGGAUUCAGGCGUCCUUAAGAAAAAGUCUGAGGACGUUUGGUUAUCUUGAGUUAUUUGAAGCACUUUGAACCCCUGAAGUCUUUUCAGUUUUAUCUCCAAAGCAGCAGACUUCCACUGUGGUUGGCUCCAUAAAGAAAAACACACACAUUAUCAGUACCUCGAGGGCAUGGUGUUAGUGACGCUAACCAAAGUGCCAAGUUAAAUCUACAGACCCACCAGACACAACCAGCAUUUUACAGUGUUUGGCUGCUAGUCGGUGACACUUUCAGUCUUUAAUUUUAAUUACAGUUUGUGUGAAAACGAAAUUUAAAUUCAGUGUAACAGGCAGGAAACAUUGCUGGGCAAUGGUAGCUCCUCCUUUCCUGUUGGUGCACAGUCCUUUUUAAAUCCCAGCCAGUUUUUCUCUUGAUUGUGUCGACUUUUGUUGUUGUUUUUGUUCUGUUCAGCACUUUUCUGAUGAUUAAACUGUAAACGGAUGUUUUCUAGGAAAUUGAAUAAAGGUUUCAUUUUGAA